UAACCACGUUUGUCAGGUGUUUACCUGAGAACAUGAAGAACUUACUAGCCAGUGAGGCACGCACUGAGUACCACUCAUUUGAGACAUUGUCUAGGAAAGCUUUAGACUUAGAGGCCACGCUAGGCAAUGCUCAACCCACCUCAGGGAAUGACUCAAAGAAGAAGAAGAGUCCUCAGGAGUGGAAGAAGAAGGGGGCGAAGUUGAUGAUGGUUGAGUCUGAUGGGACUCAAACUGAGGGUAGCACCCUCGCCGCGGUAGUUAAGACUAAGGGAGGUGGUCGAGGGAAGGGCCAACCUAGGAGUCAAGGGAAGGCCGCCUCCAAUCAGUCCAAACAGGCUAAGUGGGUCAAGGCAGGUCUUGACCAGGACGUGUGGCGUGACCGCCGAUCGCGUGGCGCUUGUAUCAACUGCGGUGAAUACGGACACACGCAGUGGAAGUGCCCGAACGCUAAGGUUAGCGAGGGCAUUGACUUUUCUGACAGGGCUGGGCGUGCUGUGGUGAUCACUGGCAUCCCCUAUGCCACGAGAACAGAUCCCAGGGUUACCUUGAAACGUCAGUAUCUGGACGAACAAGCAGGGAAAGUACAGGGACAGAAUUGUCUGUCGGGAGAAAGCUGGUAUACGCAAGAGGCAACAAGAGCAGUCAACCAAGCGAUGGGAAGAGUUAUUCGACAUCGAAGCGAUUUCGGAGCAAUCAUUCUGUGCGAUGAGCGGUUUGGAACUUCUGGCAUGACGUAUCAGUUGUCUAAGUGGCUACGUCCACACCUGAAACACUAUGCCAAGUUUGGAGAUGCUGCAUUCGGGCUCACAAAAUUCUUUCGGGAAAUGCAAGGCCCAGAGCAAGGUUCGUCAAGAUAUUUCACUGAAGAGGUGGCAUUUACAGAUGCAGCUCGAGUCGGAAUACCGGGAGUCAAACGAAAAUCAGACAUUCUGUCAGAAGACAACACCAGAGGACGGUCCUUUGCUGCCGCCCAUGAAGUGGGCCAGAGUGGUACAGCUGAACUCCAACAGAAACCGCCAUGGGGUUUUAGUCCGCCGCCUCAAUUUCCUACAGUGGCUCCCACCUCCGAGGAGGGGCAGAAUUAUGCAGCAGCGCGUGGCGAAAAUAGUCAGCCUCAACGGUGUGGGCCACCACCAGUGCACCUGCGGGACGCUCUCAAGUCUCAACUGGGACAGAAUCGCGAAUCGAUGAAUAAUGGUAAGAACGAUUCGCUGCUGGGUUAUCGGCUGCCAGCGCACUUGCCCGCAGCUCUCAACUCCUCCAAAGUGGGGCAGAAUCGUGCGGCAGUUAUUUCAGAUCAAAGACAGAAGAUGAUGGCUGAACCAGCAGCCGUCUCCGCAAAAGCCAGUGGUGGUAGUGGCGACAAUCCAACGGCCGAAAUCGCAGGGUUUCCGAAACGCCGCGAAUCUGCUCUGUCCAUCUUGACGGCGAAGCGAUUGCAAGGAAGCAAGAACCUCAGCGCAAUCCAUAUCACAGCUGCCAAGGACGCCGCGGGGUCGGCAUGUGGAACUCUCGGCAUCAGUAGCUCCCAACGAAUGAUGCAGCCGUCGCACCAGCAGCCAGAACCACUGCAGCCGCUCGUUGUGGGGCCUGCACUUGUUAUGGAUGAAAUCAAGAAGAAGCGGAGGCUCGAGGCCACACCUGCAGCAAGUGCCUUCUCGUUCAUCGGCAGCCCUGCAAGGAAGAAAGCCGAGAAGAAAGAGAGCGCUGACGCCAACGUUAACGGCGGGGUAUCACUGAAAGAAACUUGUGUUGAAGUAGUGAAGAAGGAUUCCAGCAUGUUUCCCUCCAAGACUCCACCUCAGGCAUGUAUGAAGCAAAGUGGAGUUGGGACCAGGACUGGUACUGGUACUGGUACUGGUACUGGGACUGGGACUGGGACUGGGACUGGGGCAGCUGAUGAUCAUGGACAAUUGGGAGCUGGAGGUCCCAACAUGUCCCAACAUGUCCCGACGAGUCCCAGUUUGACCCAAGCUUCAAGCCAGGGGCCAAGAUGUCAAAAUGGGCCUGAGUUUGUGAAGGAGGUCAAAGCAGUCCUGAGUACCGGAGAGUUUAUCGCAUUCUUUUCGUACAUGAAGUCGAUGAAGCAGGGGUGCGAGGGCGGUAUGGAAUCUGUUCUUCAGAAGGUGGCCUCCCUCUUUUCUGUACCGGAGCGAUACUCCUUGUUGGAGAGGUUUAGCGCAUUUGUUCCGUCGCAGUACAAACCAAUGUUCCAACAACUUUUGAAGACCCACUCAUGUGAUGUAUCAAAGAAUUCCAAACACAACUCCUCCUAAGUGCAGGUUGAUGUUCAGACAUGCGCCACAACUGUCAUCCCCGACGAUAGCGAAGUAUAUAAUAUAAUGAGCGCUGAAGCCUCUCAAUCCUUCAUAAUGUGUACGCCGGCUCCAGUGUUCGAUUCACUUCAGAUGAAGAAGGUUUGAAGAGUCACAGCGGAGUGACAGUGAUCCGUUGAUCUCGGCCGUUUAUUUCCAAGGAGAGGCAACCAGGAUCCUCCGUCUUGGCUCCGAAUUUCCGACCCCAACUUUCUA